CGCUGAAUGUCUACAACAACGACCACGAUCACUCUGACCCUCUGUCCGUUGCACAAAGGAAGUACAGACAGCUCCCUCGACACCAUUUGGCCUGUUUCAAAUCGCUGCCCAAUAUGUCACCGAUACCACCCGCCGCUCCGGUGCAGCUACACCGAGCACGAUUUCUCGACUACACUCCCUCCCCCAUCACCUGCAUCUCCUUUGCUCCUCUUCCCUUGCCGGCCCCGGACCUCGUAGGCAAAGGCAAAGGUCGACAAGACGCCUUUUCGCCUGACGAAUUAGGUCUGCUGGUAGUGGCGAGGGAGAACGGUAAUGUGGAGAUUUGGGAGUGGAUGAGGGAGGAAGGCGGUAAUGGCAAUUGGGUUCUCGAAAGGGUCCUCCCACCGACUCUUACCCACCCGACGGUCUCCCUCAUGGCACUGACGAUCCGACCCAGCUUCAAGUCAUACGCUGUACCGAAGCUGAAGGCCUUGAGAUUGUUCACCGCGGGAUCUGAAGCUAGCGAACUGGUCGAGCGCUGUCUUCAAACAGGUCGCAUCUUGCAAUCCUACCAUAUCCCCUCGCCUCCCAUCUGGUCACUUUCUGUAUCCCCGACCCACACCUUACUCUGCCUCUCGACCACCGCGCCGACCCUUACCUUUAUCUCACUCGACGACACCCUCUCCCCUCCCCCGCCCCACCUCCUUCGCACAGAGUACCUUCCAUCAACCACGCGAACCGUGUCUAUCGCCUGGGGUCCCCCUGAACCCAUUCAAGAGGAUUCCGAAUGGGUCUGGCGAGACACCUACCUUGUCACCGGCAACUCUGACAGCUCGUUCCGCAAAUGGGAUAUCCCACGGGGAGCUGGCCGAGUCACGAUCAGAGGCCGGAGUGUCGUGGAAAAGGCUAAAAAAGGACGCAAGACAAUCAUCUGGGGUGUCGCUGCGCUACCCGACGGCACAAUUGUCACUUCCGACUCGCUCGGCUCUGUGACCUUUUGGGACGGAUCGAGUCUCGCCCAAAAGAACUCGUUCAAAGCUCACAAAGCCGAUGCCAUGUGUCUCGUCGUCGGACCAGACGGCAAAAGCGUCUUUACCUCUGGACCAGAUCAGCGAGUCUGUCAGUUCGUCCAUACCGAUGCUUGGCGUCUCGUGGCGAAUCGCCGGAUCCACUCACACGACGUUCGUGCGUUGGCCAUGUUUCCCCCGUACACUCCCUACGUCUCUCCGCCUUUCUGCCCCAUCCUCGCCAGUGGCGGCUGGGACAUGUCACUUGCCCUCACGCCCGCUGGCGAGACUGGACGCAACCCCCUGGGGAAAGCCAAGGGUAUGUCUCGGACCAUCUUUGAAGAGUCUUUUGCUCGAAAGCUCAGCUACAUGGGUGGCGGACGAGGCACCGGACGCAUCAGCUUGGCGCGUGCCCCACGCCUGCUGCUUGCCCGGAAGGACCGAUCGGUUGGCGUGUGGAAAAUACUGGAGGACGAGCUGGGCUGGGAAAAGCUCUUCGAGAUGGAUUUCAGGCUGCGCACGAGUCUCAUCGCUUCCGCAAUCUCUCCCGACGGUCGCUGGGUGGCCGUGUCCGACCUGUACGAGACAAAGCUCUUCAGCCUCGAUGCAAAGCCUCAACGCAUGCCCCUGCACCUCGUCGACUCGCCCGAGCUAUCCCAUUUGUCACUUGAAACCACUGGCACUGGAUCUUCCGCCCUUCUGUUCACUCCCGAUUCUCAGCGCCUUGUGCUAGGCCUCUCAUCCCAAGUUGUCGUUGUCGAUAUUGAUGCCGCGCGCGUACUUAAAUGCUUCAAACGAGAUGAUCCGAUCUCCGGCGGCAGAGUCAUUCGAUCAGGUGAUGCCGACACAUCGAAUGAUCCCGCCAUCACGACUCUCGCUACCAGUGAUGAUGGACAAUAUCUCGCCGUGGCAGAUCUCCUCUCCCGCGUAUCCAUUUUCAACCUCGACACCUUGCGCCAGACCGCUGUCCUCCCUACACUCCCCUCUAUCCCCCUCACACUGGCCUUUUGCCCGACUCACCCGUCCCUCCUUGCCAUCGCCUCUCCUUCCGGCGCAAUGACAUUCUAUAAUCUCGACACGAACCGAUUCCUCUCGCCUACCCGCCAAUUGAACAUUCUCAACGCCGCGCUCCGAGAUCAAUACACACCUGCCCAAGGCAUCUCAUUCGAACCGUGUCGCUCGACUCCUCGUGCAGCCAAAGUCGUCAUCUGGUCACACGAUUGGCUAUGCACAGCUCGAAUAGACCUCGAAGCGUUGAGCCGACAGGGCAAACAUGACGAAUCGCUACGCAAGAAACGUGCUCGUGAAGCUAGAGAAGCGUUGGAAUCCGUCUCGUCGUCGUCUGCCGGGCCAGACGAUCCCAACUUUUUCAAAAUCUCCCUUGACCGAUUUAGGGGCCUAGGCGGAGUAGAUUGGUUGGCAGAGGGGGAGAUGAUCGUCGUGGAGAGACAAUUGGGAGAUUUCAUGGGCGAGCUGCCGCCGGCGUUCUGGUCAGGAGGUUAUGGAAGGGCGUAAAUAUAUACAUGCAUAAAAACCUAGUGGGAC